GGGCGCACGGAUCCAUCCCGCCGGGCGCAUCCGCACCCCGAGGGCGGACAUCCGCGUGCGCGCCCCCGGGCAGGCCCGGGCUUGUCUAGCGCCACUUCCUGCUGGUGGCCUGGGCUGGGCCGGGUCCCAUCGCCGCCCCCGGCCGGGCGUCUGUUGGCUUUGGUGCCCUGUCUCCGUCUUCGGAGGAGCCGGAGUGCAGGCCGGGUCCCGCCCCCUGUCCAUCAGAAGCAGUCGCCCGGCCUUGCAUGUUACCUGUCACUACUAGGGUACCCAGCUCUGUCUCCCCUCAGGAUUAUGAGCCUCCCCAGCCCCCUGACUUCCCGGGACCUAGGAGUCCAGGCACCCCUUUCCUCCUCUCUCCACCAGGGCCCACCAGCUCUGAGCAGAUCAUGAAGACAGGAGCCUUUUUGCUGCAGGGUUUCAUCCAGGAUCGAGCUGGGAGGAUGGCAGGGGAGACACCCGAGCUGACCUUGGAGCAGCCACCCCAGGACGCAUCCACCAAGAAGCUGAGCGAGUGUCUCAGGCGAAUUGGAGAUGAGCUGGACAGCAACAUGGAGCUGCAGAGGAUGAUUGCCGACGUGGACACAGACUCCCCCCGAGAGGUCUUCUUCCGUGUGGCAGCGGAGAUGUUUGCUGAUGGCAACUUCAACUGGGGCCGGGUGGUUGCCCUUUUCUACUUUGCUAGCAAACUGGUGCUCAAGGCCCUCUGCACCAAAGUGCCCGAGCUAAUCAGAACCAUCAUGGGCUGGACACUGGACUUCCUCCGAGAGCGGCUGCUUGUCUGGAUCCAAGACCAGGGUGGCUGGGACGGCCUCCUCUCGUACUUCGGGACGCCCACGUGGCAGACAGUGACUAUCUUUGUGGCUGGAAUCCUCACUGCCUCUCUCACGAUCUGGAAGAAGAUGGGCUGAGGCCGCCCACCGCCUUGGACUGUGUUUUUUCUUCAUAAAUUAUGGCAUUGGGGGGGGGGCUGAUGGGGACAGGGGACAGGCGUUUUUCUUACUUUUGUAAUUAUUGGGAGGGGUGGGAAUGGUGGCCUGGGGGAGGGGACAAUAAACCUCAGG